CAUGCCCGUUAGCAUACAGAACCUUCAUCAAGCCGGUGCUCGUACCUCGGAGCUGCCGGCCGAUCAGAACGGUCCCAUCCUCCUCUGCUCCAUGAUGCAGAACGUGGAGCAACCGACGCGACAUCACGCCGGGAAUGAAACGCACCCAGAGGACGCCGAAGAAAACCUGGACGAAAAUCUAGACACGAUGUUUGCGGCGGGACGCUCACUGGCAGCACGGGCCAAGGGACGCCACCACUGCCGACGGGGCUCGGUACCGUGCUUUAGCUCGCAUCAGUGCGUCAAACGCAGCAGCUGGUGUGACUCCAAGACGGACUGUAUGGAUGGUAGUGACGAGAGUGCGUGCUCAUGCGUUUCGCGCCUCCCCAAGCGCAAGCUCUGCGAUGGUUAUGCCGACUGUCCGCUCGGUAUGGACGAGAUGGGAUGCUUUGGGUGUGAAAAGUUCUCCUUCUCCUGCUUCCACACGGAGGCGGAGUACCGUUCGGCUCACCGAUCUGGGUCGAUGUGCUACAGUCUGCUCGAAAAGUGCGACGGUUUCGAUAACUGUCUGAACCGGAAGGAUGAACAGGACUGUACGAUGUUGGUGCGUGAUCUGGGGCACUAUUUGGCGUACUCGGUCCCGCACUCUACUGGGGUGCUGCAUCGGAACUAUCGUGGGAAGUGGUAUCCGGUGUGUCAUAAUCCUACACAGUGGGCAAGGGAAGCUUGCGAGACAGAGCUCGGGCCACUCGAUCGUGAGCCACUGUUGAGCCACGGACAUGGCAGUCUGCCCGGACCGUACAUUAGCCAGCGGGCAAACAGUGCCGUAUCGCAGCCCGAGUUUAGUGAAGCUUGUAAUGGGGUUUACGUACACGUGAAGUGUCCUGCGGUGCAUUGUGGUACGAGUCGGAUGCACGAACAGCACGCCGCCCGGAUCAAUGUGCGGACGAGGCGUGAGGCGAACGAGAGCGAAAUUGUGGAGAGUGUGCGCAUCGUUGGAGGAUCACACGCCGAGCCGGAAGCGUACCCGUUCAUCGUUGGUAUCUUCCGGGAUGGGAAGUAUCACUGUGGUGGCAGCAUUUACAACGAACAUUGGAUCAUUUCCGCCGCUCACUGCUGUGACAACUUCGACCAGCACUACUUCGAGGUACGGUCGGGCAUGCUGCGCAAGCGGAGCUUUGCGCCGCAGGUUCAAAUUACACGCGUCACGCACAUGAUCGUUCAUCACGCGUACAGCUCGUCGUUGAUGGCGAACGAUAUUGCGCUGAUGCGGGUAGAGCAUCCGUUCCACUACAAUCGAUGGGUGCGUCCGAUCUGUAUGCCGGAGCGCCAUCGUACCACGGACGAUCGGGAUUGGAUCUGGGGACCAAAGGCCGGCACUGUCUGCACCGCUAUUGGAUGGGGUGCACUGCGGGAGCGUGGUGGAGCACCCGAUCAUCUGAUGCAGGUUUCGGUGCCGAUCUUAGGCUACUGCAAGCACAAAUCCGAUCGUGACAGUCUGCAGAUCUGUGCGGCAGAAGAAGACGGCGGUCAUGAUGCGUGCCAGGGUGAUUCCGGUGGACCGUUUGUGUGUCAGAGCAAAUCGAACCCGUUCGAGUGGUAUCUGGCCGGUGUGGUAAGUCACGGGGAGGGAUGUGCGCGUGCACACGAACCCGGUGUCUACACGCGAGUGGCACUGUUUAUCGAUUGGAUUGCGGAGAAGGUAAAUGCGCCACUGCCAGUACGUACUGCACGGGCUGACUGUCCCGGGAUGCGAUGUAUCUGGGGUGGAGGGAUCUGUCUACCACCGGGCAAGAAGUGUAACGGAUACGUUAACUGUCUUGGUGGGGAGGAUGAGUCGGGCUGUGGGAUGGAUCAGAUGCUACGAUCGAUGUCGCAGCGAGGUGAGGAAGAAAGUGAGGAGGACGGUGGUAGUGCCACACAGAGAGCUUCGGAUGUUGAUACAACGGAAGCUGAGACUACCGUGUUGUUCACAUCGGAAGAAACGACGACGUUAAGCGUGCCGGAAGAAGCGAGUGUAGAAGCGCAGGAGAGUAUGAUCAUGACGAACACAGCACAAACGGAACCGAUCACUACUACUACAAGUACAGUUGCCACUACCACACCUCAACUUGAGCUAUCUACUGCUGAAGAAAGCACAACGGAGGACAGCUCUACCUCUGCAAGUACCUCAGAAGAUGCACCUACGGAAGCCUCUACCUCUCCGGAGUCAACCACAUUGGAGGUCACAACAGACCUCAGUACAGAGUCAGCUUCCACUACGAAUGAGCCAACAACAACCUUCACAUCAACAACCGACUCUGCGAUCAUCUUCCCCAUACACGAUCACGAACAGGAUCGUCCUAAGCAAGGCUUUGAAUUCAUUGCACCGAUCACCUCCUCCACAACGGAAGUCAUCUGGAAGGCGCUGGAAAAGGCAGUCAAAGAGGUACGUGGACAGGUACGCACUGGGAAUGGCACUUCAGUGGUGAACGCCACAACGGAACCAACGGAAGUGUUCUCUACGGAACUGCCACUGGAAGCCACGUCCGAAGAUCCGCUGGAAGAUUCUUCCGACCAUCCAUUCUUGGUGGAGUUGGACGUGAUGCAGCAGCAGAAACACAAGCGAGUGGCCCAAUUCCGCAUGACGGUGCACAAUGUGCACACGAACACGAAGGUGCAGACGAUGCUGCCGAAUGAUACGGCACAGUACAGACAGUUUUCCUGCAGGAAUAUCACCCAGAGGAUCAAUGUGGCACACCGGUGCGAUCGGAUCGUAGACUGUGAGGAUGGCAGUGAUGAGCUGAACUGUACCUGUCGCGACUUCCUGAAGGAUAAGUUUGAUUUCCUGAUCUGCGACGGCAAGACGGACUGUCUCGAUCAAACGGAUGAGCUGGGUUGUAUGAACUGUCAGGCUGGUCAGUAUGCGUGCCGGAUCAGCCAGGUUUGCAUUCCCGGGGUGCAGGUCUGCAACGGUCAUCCAGACUGUCCGAUGCAUGAAGAUGAGCUGGAUUGUUUGGCUCUAACGGAUGGACAUCGUGUGUACUUCGACGCAAACAAUCUCACCCUCUUCCACAACACGGGCAUUGUGACGAAAAACACAAACGGAACCUGGGAGAUACUGUGUGGAGCGGUCCUCACGGCAAAGACGGAACAUGCUGUGGAGAAGAUCUGCUCGUUCUUGGGAUUUGCUGGUCAUCGGAACUACUCACUGCUCUCACUCGCACCGAACGAUCUGCCUGUUGGGCUGCUUGCAAAUCCAAACAAUCUACACUACGUCAACCUUACGCUCCAUGCUCCCUGUCAAGCGUUGCGUGUCUCCUGCGUCCAACACAUCAACGCUACCGAGCACGACAUAGCACACUUUGAGCACAACCACAAGCAAGACCCGGUACAGGUUAACAUUCGUCCACUGAACCCGAUCAACCGGCCCCAUCACAUGCCUCAGAUCGUGUUCCAGGAGAACGCUCACAUCGAGCUGGUGGAAAACUUUGGCGAUGAUUACGAUUGGCCCUGGAAUACGAACAUCUAUCUCGAUGGGGUAAUGAUCUGCAGUGGGCUGAUCAUCGAUGCGAGCUGGAUCAUUGUGUCGGGGAGCUGUACACGGUUGGUGAACCUGCGGCAUCAGUAUCUGGCGGUGGUGGCGGGCGGUGCCAAGUCGUACCUACACAUUGAAGGGCCGUACGAGCAGGUGGUGCGGGUCGAUUGCUAUCACUACAUACCGGAGGCGGAAACGGUGAUGCUGCAUCUGGCGACGAAGCUAAGCUUUAGCCGGCACGUGCUGCCGACGUUUGUGCCGGAGAAUGAAAACCUAACGGACAGUGAGUGUCUUGCGGUGGGACAGGAUAAGUACGGAAGAACGAAAACGCUGCGGGUGCAUCUCAACACCACCAACUGCCCAGGGGAACGGGUGCGAUGCUACCAUAAGGAUCUGAAGCAGCCCUACUACCAUCACGAAUCUUGUUACACACCAGAAGCGACACGAUCAGGUGUGAUCGUGUGCAAAACAAGCCGCUCCGGCUGGUAUCCCGUCGGGUUCUACCAGCACAAGCGCGGUCUGUGCGGGUUCAACGAAGUGGUGCGUGUUACAAGCCUGGUAGAAUCGUACCACAGGAUCCAGAACGUGCUACACAAGGAACAGUGUGGUGAUCAGCUGUACGAGGAACCCCACUGCGCAGGAAAGCGUUGUCGCUAUGGAAAGUGUGUCGGUGAGAAGUUGCUGUGCGAUCGCAAGCCGGACUGUUCCGAUGGAUCGGAUGAGGAACCGGCAAUGUGUGCCGCACGCAAUCAAACUGGAAAUUGUCUGCCACAUCAACUACGUUGCGCGAAUGAACGGUGUAUUGACAAGUCUAGCUUCUGCGAUCGCAAGAACGAUUGUGGAGACUCGACCGAUGAACCGCACGAUUGCUCCUGCUACACCUAUCUUAAAAUUACGGACCCGGGUAAGAUCUGCGACGGAGUGCGCAACUGUUGGGACAAAUCGGACGAAAAUCCACGCGUCUGUCGGUGCCACUCGACGAGCUUCCGGUGCGGCGAGUCGGACAUCUGCGUGCCGUACGAUUUUGUGUGCGACAAGGAACGGGACUGUCCGAAUGGGGAGGAUGAGCUGUACUGUUACGCACUGCAGCAGAACUCUUAUGAAGCUGGGUACGGUGAGCUGAUGGAGCAAAGCUACGGCAUCUGGCACUCAAAGUGCUUCCCCACGACGACCCAGUUCGACGACGAGUACAUGAAGCGCAUCUGCGAGCAGUUGGGUUACAGUCAGGUGCGCAAAAUCUUUGGCCGAGCGAUCGUGCAAGGUGCUCGGUUGCGUACUGCCAACCAGACGGAAACGCCCGUUGAUAAGCUGCGUCGUUCGGCGACCAAAGCGAUCGUGCAGAACAAGUUCUCCAAGGUCGUUAUUAACCAGAACCAUACGUUUUACAUGAAACCGAGCCGGCCCAUGUUUAAGGUGAUCAACUGGAACUAUGAGGACGAGCAGAACUGCCAUCGGUUGGAGUUGCUGUGUGCCCCGUGAGGGGUGGUGUCGGAAGGCGUGAUGAGAUCUUACGAGUACGUUUUUUAGGUAAUAAAGUUAGCAUCGUAAUUUGAAUCGGCAAAGAAAAAACGGAGCGAUGUCUG